CCUAUUUGCGCCGAUUGGCAGAUGGCAAGGCAACAGUGGACUUGUUUUUGUUGAGAAACGUCAUUUAUUUCUAUAACCAAAAAUAUGAAAAACAAGUAAUUUUUGUUUGAAAAAUGUAAAUGAACGAAAUUUGGAAGUGAUGCUUUUAAAAAAUGGAUUUGGAAGAGGAUAUAAAAGACGAGGAAGAACAAGAGCCAACAAUCUGGCAAGAUAUUUAUAUGAAUGGCGAUGAUUUACAAAAACUUAGCGUCGUCCAAUCAUUACCUGACCUUCUGCAAACUGACCGCAAUGCUACUGUGCAAAGGAUCAUUCCAAAAAUCCAACAAGAACUGCCAAACUCGUCUUCUGAAUUUCACAUUGCUGCAAGCAAAAUUUUCAAGUUACUCGUUGAAAUGAAUCUGAAUCUCAACUUGAUGCGUCCAAUUUUACAAGGGAUUGAGAGUAGAGAUCUUAUUGUUUCCAAUGCUUGGCUAGAAACGUUAUUGUCUGUUAUAGUUGCUUUGAAUGAAGCUACUGUCAAAAAUGAGGUGCUACCAUUUGCCUCAAAGAUGUCUCAAUUGACUCGACCAGUUAACUUUCGAAUAGGAUGUUGUAGAGUGUUGAGCCAGAUAGCCUUACACCCCAAAAUGAGCCCUUUUGAUGUGAAAAAAGACAUUUUACCUGUAGUACAGAGCUUAUGCCAAGAUUGUCUGCCAGAUGUAAGAUCUGCCAUGUGUAUGGAACUACCAAACGUUGCUAAAGGUCUAGCAAGUGAUGCUGUUGUUAAAUCUAGUUUAUUACCUUGUGUUGUCGAAUUAUCAAAUGAUGAGAACAGUAUGACAAGGGCGGCUGCUAUAGAUACUGUUGUUAAUCUAAUCCAGUAUUCUAAUUCAGAGACGAUAUUAAGUACCAUAAUUCCUCUGAUGAAAUCACUGUGUCAAAGCUCGUUGAAAAAGGAUGGAGGACAAACAUAUCCUGCUCUUGCACGAUCGUAUGGAAAGCUGCUGGUGAACGUCAGCAAACAUUUGGCUAUCACAGAUUGUUCGUGGUUCCUCGAUUUUUAUAAGACGCUUUCCACCAGGGGUGUUGCCACCUCUCACAGUGAGGAUAUAGAUCCAGCAUUGGCUGUGGCGUGCCGAGAUUUUUGCGCUUACAAUCUACCAGCAGUUACGUUAUUCAUGCGGGAUCGUUUGAGGGGUGAAGAAAACAAAUGGUAUGGAAUUUUCAAAGAAUUAGCCGCCGAUCCUUGUUACAUCGUGAGAAGAACUGUAGCUAGGUGUAUCCAUGAAGUCAUCAAAAUUCUGGACACAAGCUGUGCACUGGUUGUCCCAGACAUAGUGAAAUUGAUGUCAGACGACACGGAAGAAGUAUUAGACUCCCUUGUACCUCACCUGAGUGCAAUCCUCCUACAACUUAACGCUGCCGGUCUAUUGACAACAGAUGAUAAUAAACAAACCACCAUUGACAUCGGCAGAGCUCUUCUAAAAUGUCAAGCGGGCGUUUUCAAAUGUUACAACUGGAGGCGUAAAAUGACGUAUCUGCAACAACUGGAAUGUCUGCCAGUUUGUUUUUCUGUUGAUUUUAUACAUCAGCAUUUCACUACGCUUGUAUUAAAGCUGACUGUUGAAGGGAGAUGCAGACCAGUCAGAUCACAGGCUUCAAGAACUAUUCUUGUAUUUUUGCGCUAUAACACAAAGGAAAAUCACAGAAGGUGGAUCAGAGACAGUCUCAUAAGAGAGCUUUGCAAUUCUAAAUGUAGCUACACGAGACAUAUUUUCAUAUACAUGUGCGUACAUGCUAUUGACGUUUUUAGCUGGAAGUAUUUCAAAGAGUUUUUCUAUCUUCAAUUACUGUCACUUGGAGAGGACCCGGUGUCCACCGUAAGACUUUGCGUGGUGAAACUCUGCCCCAUACUGAAACACAUGCUGAUGCUACCGAUGGAUCGUAAUCUUCAAGUCAAACUAGAGCAGUUCGUCUCUAAAAUAGAAAUGAUGGAGAAAGACCGAGACGUGUUAGACACGCUAAAAGUGAAGUUGAAAGAGAUGCGUACGCCGCAAGUGAGCAAACAGGAGGCAUUGCUGAAGGAGAGAAUGAAAAUGGAAGAGGAAGACAAAAUCCAGAGGGGGCAGUUGACGGUGGGUCUCGGCGCGCCUGCUACCAUGAGAGGUGGUGUGGGCCAGCACCCUGCGACCGCGCCAGGACGAAUUCCUUCUCAGAGGGAUACUCGCGGUGGUAGAGGUGGCCUGAUUAGAGCUAGAACGGCUACUGUACCAUCGAAAAGGAUCGGUUCAACACCAAGAAAUGCUUCCAACCCUAACGACAUGACCUUCCUAGGCCAUCACUUUUACAUAGACGCGGGCGUAGCAUUGCCUCAGAAAGUGGACUCUGAUGCAGUCAGCGAUCUGACACCAACAGUUUCGAGGCUGGCCAUAGAUCAAGGAACAGCUCAAGAAGAUGACGUCGUUCCCACCGUUUCUGCAGAAAACACAAAUGUCGCUAGCAUGUCCGACAAAGACCUGAAGGCUCUGGAGACUUCCACUACCAACAUCACUGACGACGUCAAAGCAAACAUUCAACUGAUCAGCAGGUUGAAAAGCAAAAUACCAACGGACAGGGUGAGGACGAGGAACAAGAGGUAUUCGGCGAAUUUCUCGUCUAGUGAUACCAACAUGAACAUACUGAAACGAAGGAGUUUGAAUAUUGGAUUUAGCGAUGUCAGUCGGAUCCCUAUCAAAAGUCCGGAUGCGUUAAUAAGGAGUAAAUCCGGAAGUGUAUGCAUGAAAAGUCAUGAUAGCACACAAACACUGCCUUCACGAAGUAAUGCGGAGACAACUAUUGAAGUUGACAAUCAGAAUGUAGAUAUUAAGGAGAAUCUACCUAUAACUGACAGUAUUAAAGCUAAUGUGCCAAAGAAGACCAGUACACAUAAAGCGUCCAGUUUGCCAGUAUUCAAAAGGAGAGACCCAAGGAUACAUUAACCAAGUGUGCUGGUGCAAUGCUCGACUUUCUACAUACAAGUAUAUUGAGAGAGCUCAGUCUUUAAUCCUUUAUUGUCUAUAUAAUGUUUACAUAUUUUUUAUAUAUACACUCUAUUGUUAUUGACUUAUUAAAAAUAAAUAUAUCACAUUUAUUUAUUA